AUGAAAGAGAGUGAUGGACAAAACAAUACAAAUAGUGUAGUUCAUUCACUUCUCUCCGGAGCUAUUGCUGGAGCAGUUGCUAAAACAACCAUCGCACCAUUGGAUCGUACAAAAAUAUUCUUCCAAGUAUCAAGUGUCCAUGGCUAUUCUUUCAAAUCUGCUUUGAAGUUUGUAAAAUUAACGUAUAAUCAAGAUGGUGUUCUGGCGUUGUAUCGAGGAAAUUCUGCCACUAUGGCUAGAGUUAUUCCAUACGCUGCAUUACAGUUUGCUGCUUUCGAGCAAUAUAAAAACUUAUUAAAAGUAGAUCAUAAUGGAACUCGUACCCCGUUUAGAAGAGUGUUAGUAGGAUCUUUAGCUGCAACCACAGCUACUAUAGUAACGUAUCCGUUAGAUACGGCAAAAGCUAGAUUAUCAGUGACAAGCAAAAAAGAAUAUAGAAGCUUGCGAUCUGUUCUGUACAAAACUUAUAUGGAAGGCGGGUUAAAGUUGCUUUACAGAGGUAUUCAUCCAACGAUAGUAGGUGUAAUACCUUAUGCUGGUACUUCUUUCUUCACUUAUGAGACACUGAAAAUCGUAUAUGUUGAGGAAACAGGAGAGGCUGUAACAGCUCCUUGGAGAAUGCUCUUCGGAGCAUUUGCUGGUUUGAUUGGUCAAAGUAGUUCGUAUCCUUUCGACAUUGUUCGUCGAAGGAUGCAAACCGGACGACACCCGAAGGAAAUGGGUGUGUUUAGGUUUAUGUUGUACAUUUAUCAGACAGAAGGAUUGAAGCGGGGAUUGUACAAAGGUUUGAGUAUGAAUUGGAUCAAAGGACCCAUAGCUGUGGGCGUUUCGUUCACAACUUACGAAGGUUUACGUGAAUUAUUAUUGAAAUUACCCUAG